AUGGGGGUUUACGAAAUAUUUGAUUCGUUAUACAACUUAUGUGACCCUGGUGAGAAUGGCGAAAAUAUUCGUUAUUGGCACUCGUCAUCCACAGGCCAGGAUAGAACUGUUCUUAGUGAAAAUGAUGAAUACACAGAAACAUUUCCAAAGCCUGGAAGACCAAGGUUACUGCAUCCUAAGGAGGAACUUUUUAUUACUUUGUGUAGAUUAAGACAAGGUUUCGCAGAGGAACAUCUUGCUCAUCUCUAUGGAAUAUCUCAAGCUACAAUGAGCAGGAUAAUAAUAACCUGGGUCAACCUUUUAUAUUUAAGGCUUAAGGAUGUACCCAUGUGGCCCUCUAGAGAAAAGGUAAACAAACACAUGCCAGAGCAGUUUAAAGGAAAAUAUCCCUUGACUAGAAUAACAAUAGACUGCACCGAGGUUAAAUGCCAAAUGCCUUGCAGCCUUUGUUUAAAUAGUGAACUUUUUAGUACCUAUAAAAAUAACACCACUCUGAAAGCCCUUGUUGGAAUAACCCCAGGUGGGGCACUGUUAUUUGUGAGCCAGGUUUACACUGGACACAUCUCAGACAGGGAAAUUGUUCUACACAGUGGCAUUUUAGAUCAAAAAUUUGAGAAUGGAGAUUCAGUAAUGGCAGACAAGGGAUUUACAGUGCAGGACCUGCUCCCUCCAGGUGUUGGGCUAAACAUUCCUCCAUUGCUCUGUGUUUCUUCCAGUGCUCUUCAUCAAAGUGUAUCCUUUCAAUGCUAA